AUGCAGUCAAGACAUCAAAAGAAAAUCAUUACUGCUACUGCUAUAGUAUGUACCUUAGCUACUGCGGUCGGAUUUAUCUAUUAUAAGUAUUGCGGCUCUAGUCCAACGCCUGAGUCACCGGGAAAACAGAAUUCUAAAUGCUACGUUCUGUCGAAAUCGUUAUAUGAAUCUGUGAAAGAUUGGGAGACAGAAUUGUACAAUGAUACCGUAGUUUUAGUUCCUCCUGAAUGCAAUGGCAUUGCGAAUCAACUAAAGGCCAUAGAACCAAAUUUUGAACACAAAGUUAUUCAAUUUAAAAGUUGGGAAGCCUUGUGGAGUACAGUAAGACACAUGAAAAAAACAGAACUAAUAAUAAGUGAACAAUAUUUGCCACAUAAACCACCUGAUAUUGAAAGGUUCGUCAAAAUGACCAUCAUAUUAUAA